AUGGUUCGCCUAAACUGUGGACUGUGUUCGGAACCUGUUCAACGUGAACAUCCAUCGAUUUCGUGUAAUAGUUGCAAAAAUCUUUUUCACUCCAACUGUGUUAACCCUCUAUCACAAAGCGCUGAACCUCCUUCUAAUAAUCCCUCUUGUAUUUGCAAAGCUUGUCAGAUCAAACCUAUACCGACUAAUACUGAUUAUAAGCUCAACUGUAUUCUAAAUGAACUCCAGUCCAUCAAAUCGCAGCAAAUUAAAUCUGAUGAGCUCUUGAAUGGCAUCUCCUCAUCUAUGGCAGCUUUAAAUGAUAAGGUUGUGCAACAAGGAAAGAACAUAUCUGCUCUUGGCCAUUCGGUCAACUCGUUCGGCAAGCAACUUAACACAGUUACUAAUGAUGUUAAAUCUCAGGGCCAACUCGUUGGAGGACUUGAAACACGUAUAUUAUAUGAAAAGACUUUAUCGAAUAGCAGUGCGUCCCCAUCCACAACUGAAAGUACACCAUCCAUUAAUGACAUUGGUAGAGAAGUACAACUGAGGACACUGCUUGCUGUGAACCUAAUCGUUCGAGGUGUACCAGAAUCUCCUAACACAUCUAUAUCUGAAAGAAUCACCCAGGAUAAAAAAAUUGUUUCAGACAUUUUUGAUAAACUUAAUCCUCCUGUUCCGGUUGAGUCCAUACUCAGAGCCUUCAGAAUUCGCAAAACUGCCACGACUACUGAAAAUAGUACUUUCCUCCCGGGCAGCAGUUGA